CGUGUACAACAUACCGGCUUCUCUCAGUGUCGUGUGAGGCAGCGAAAGUACAACACCGGUGUUCAGAGCUCGUGUGUAAAAAAUACCAACAAUAUUAACUAGGAAUGUUUUGACUGAACAAGGACCUAAUCGGCUUCGGUCUAUAUAUAUACUGUGUAUAUUUUAAACGUCUAUGUAUUUAUAAAGGGACUGUGGCAGUAUAAGGUAUUACUGUAUACACCCGCUGAGGACCUCACUAUUGGGCUUUAAAUUAUUUCUUAAAAACCUUUGCAGUGUGUACUUAAUCAGAGGAGUACAUUCGCGUGUCAGUUAGGACUCAGUUAGAACUGAGCUCCGGUUGGGGACAGAUCGGAGGAUACUAAAAACAGAGGAUGUCUUCAAUACCGACCUGCCCCCGGGAUGAUAACCAACGACUCGUGUGUCGCCAACAUGCCAGCACGACAUGUAUGUCCCUACACUACGGUCUUCACCAGGACUGUGUCAUGGCCGACGGCUGGCUGACCUGCCUAGAUGUGACAAUGACAAGUAAUAACAGAAAAGUCUGCUCCGAAAACUAUGGCGUCCAUAACAAUUCUGUCUGGGUACAAGAUGGUUGCGAGGCCAGCUUCGAGGCCUGCUAUGUCACAGAUAUAUCCGGGUCUCGCCUUCGACAGAGGACACUAGAGUGUCGGAACUUGGAUGAUACUUAUAAAAUGUGUGAGGUAGAGGGCGCUAAGCUCGUCAAGGAUGUGGAAUUAAAAUAUGAACUACCGUCUCACGGUCCGUGUUCCAAAGGAAUAAGUUAUGGAAUAUUCAACAAUUCUAUGUGGAUCCAUUCAGGGUGCAAUGGGAUAUUUGACAUUCAAUAUUACGAAGCAAAAUCUUCGUCACCGGGUGGGACGCUCGCCCCAACCCCUGAACCCGUCCCUUCUACAACUCCUGCCCCUACACCAGCGCCAACACCAAAGCAUACCACGCCUUAUGUGAAGUAUCCGUUUGACCCGGAAACUCCUCGGCCUCCAUAUCGCCCUACCCCCACUCCGGGGCUCAGUAGCACCACCCAGGCGACGGGUGCCACGCCCUUCCAGGGCCGUGACAAUCUUGUUCCUAUUACAGUGGCUGUAUUUAUGGGUAUUUUUGUUGCCCUCUUGCUCAUUCUGUUUGCGGUUUUGUGGAUCUGUCGGCGAAAUACUGUUGUUAAGCGCCAUCUAGGUGACCCAGGUACCAAUGAGAAAUCCACACGUGACAGUGACGAACUCUCGAAUGCCUACGAAGAAAUCGCCCCUGUGUUAGAACUGUCCCGAUAUGAGAAGUCUAGAGAGGAGGAUCCCUUCUUGGCGACAAAGUCGAACAAUUUAAAUAUGGAACACAAUAAUAAUCCUCCAUUACCACCAAACAACUAUUUUAUUCUGGAGCCCCACACACCGGAUCCUCCCACCCCUCGGGGAUCAACUAUAAGCUCGUCCAGCCAUGGCUACUAUAAAGUGGAUCCUGGAGCCCCGCCCCUUAUGGCUCCGCCCCUAACGGCCCUUUCUCAGGCUGGGGCCCCGCCUUAUUAUGGCGCGCCACCACUUCCGGACCCUAAUGUGCAGCCAUACGCUCAGACAAUGCUUCAGCUGGACCACAUGUCCAAGCCUUUUGUGAGAAACAUACCUACAGCUCCGAUAAGGACGGACGACGCAGGCUCUAUACAUUUUUCUUCUGGCGAAACACAAUUUGUGAAUUAUAACACGAACCCGUCAACCUUUACCCCUAUUCCACAAUAUCCGUCCCUCCACCGCCACAGUUCCCGGACGAGUGGUAGUACGGACAGUGGUUAUGAGAAGAUCGAGGAUCAUUGGAGUGACCCCAGGCGGUCAAGCAGUGCGGGGACACCGGACAGACUUGGACAUUCGUCUACCCCGGACAGACUUUCGUCUGACCGACACAGUCACUCCACAACUCCCGAUAGACUUAGCCACUCCUCCACCUUGGAGCGACAUUGUCACUCCUCGACUCCGGAUAGACUUUUGUUGGGUGAUUCGCGACACAAACAAAUUCCUGGUCCGUACACCAGUUUUGAUAACCACACACACUGUUAAUACUUCAUCCAUCACCGCCUUGUGUUAUUUGAUAUCAAUUGUGAUCUGAUGUGAAAAUGUUAUUAAAUAUUUUAAUUAUGA